UUUUAUGGCAUUCAGAAUGGUCUCUGCCCCCUUUCUCUGGUGUUUUGCCUUCCCACUUGGUCACUCCCUUCGUCUUUUUUUCUCACUGCUGGGUAUAAAACUCUGAGAGAAGAGUGGGGGUGGGAUUCAGUGAAACACCUCAUGAAGACUUUUUAAGUCUGCAGGGAGUAAGCUGCUUCCCUCUUAGCUGCACAGCCUCUUAGGGAAUCAGACAGACAGACGUGGACUCUUUUCUUUCAUCCUACAGGAGAAUGGACAGAGGAAUGUCUGUGUCUCUUUGGUGUGAGGAGGUCGAGGAUGACCAAAGUCGAGAGCAGGCAGAGAGUGAGGAAGGAGCUCUGGGCCACAUCAGGACAUCACCUCAGCUCCGAGCUGCCUGGGAUCCCACUGUGUCGGGGCAUCGGGUGAUCCAGAGGCUGCUUCACGUGGAGGAGAGGUACAUGCCCUCCAUUCUCUACAUCACCCUAGUCCAGCGGGAUCCACAACGCAGGGAGGAGCUGGCCAAAUGGGCCCUGGAGGUGUGCUGUGAGUGUGGGUGUGGCGAGGCAGUCUUCCCCAUGUCUGUCUCUCUGUUGGACAGAUUCCUGUCUGCCUCUCUGUCUCUGCAUGUCUCACUGUACUGCCUAGCUGCUGGCUGCAUUCUGAUCGCGUCUAAACUCACAGAGUGUCACACGGUCUCAGCCGACUCGCUGUGCGCAGCAGCAGAGUACAGCUUCCUGCCUUCAGACCUGAGGGAAAUGGAGCGCGUUAUUCUCGCCACCCUCCGGUGGGACACAGCAGCAGUGACCCCCCAGGACUUCCUUCCUCAUUUCCUGGCUGCCGUUGAGGAACGAGGGGACCCUGAGCUACUCUCCACCCUGCGGCGACACAGUGACACCCUGGCUGCCAUGUGCACUUGUGACUCCGGGUUUCUGGGAGCUCCUCCGUCACUUGUUGCUGCAGCAUCACUGAACUGUGCACUGAGAGGCCUGGGCAACAAACGGCCCUCUCAGCUGGCAGUCACGAGCAAAAUACUUGCAGAGCUGUGUCAAACAGAUCUGGCGGUGCUGCAGUGCUACAGUGAGAUGAUCGAGUUUGCCCUCAGACAGCGACUGAGGAGCGGGCUGCAGCCUGGCCCGAUGGAGAAGGAUGACGAGGUGGAGAAUGAAAGAGCUGGAACACCAACUGACAUGAGAGCAAUUGAUUUCUAAAAUAGAAUUUCAAAGUCAAACUACCGGUAAAUGUUGUUGAGUUCAUCAGUGAAACUGAUAUAAAUCUGUAUCGUGCUGUGCUGUUUUAAUAUACCUUUGAGUAAUUUAUUUAUUAUUAUUUGUAUUGCCUUAUUUAUUUGAGAAAAUUGUGUGCACGAUGUGCCAUAUUUGAGUUUAGGUUGUUUGGACUUUAUUCAGGGUUUGGUGUUAUUUUGAUGCACAAUAUUUAUACUUUUAUUUAUGAUCAUGUGCAAUUGUUAAUUCUAUCAAUGCUAAUUUAUUUCACUUUGCCAUUACUUUCUUUGUGUGUACUGAUUUAAAUAUACAUUAAAUUUAUUUUUCAAAGUUAUUUAAAAGCCUUUGAUUGUAUUUUAUCUUCA